AUGUCGAUAAUCAAUAAUUCUCGACUUACAUCAUCCUACAUGCUUUUCCAUCGGUGUUGGACGCACCGCAUCUCUGCCGUACCAGCCGGCAUCCGCGUCCGCUGCUACAGCUCACCCAGCAACCAUGGCAUAAACCUCGAUCAACCAGUCCAAUCCUACAUCUCCCGGAGUUCGGACCCAUAUAUCAAUCUCUCAAUCGAGCACUACCUACUCCAAAAAUCACACCCAGAAUCCUGCAUCCUAUUCCUCUACGUCAAUCGACCCAGCGUGAUAAUCGGACGCAAUCAAAACCCAUGGCUGGAAGUAAAUCUUGGACUUUUGAAAGCUGCACAAUCCGACUCUGCAGAAGAUGGGAACAAAACCCCUGCACUUGAGAAUGUUGAUUUGGUCAGAAGACGUAGUGGAGGUGGCACGGUAUUCCACGAUGCAGGCAAUGUGAAUUGGACUGUUAUUUCUCCGUCUGCGGCGUUUACACGGGAUAAACACGCUGCAAUGGUUACGAGAGCUCUUCGCUCUUGUGGUAUUUUUCGAUCGAGGGUCAAUGAACGACAUGAUAUUGUACUGGAUCAAGGGAGUUCUGAGCAUACUGGUGUCUGGGGUUCCGGGGAUGAUUCGCACUCGACACCAUGGCAGAGUGAGAGGAUUCGUCCGUUGAAGGUUUCGGGGUCGGCGUAUAAACUUACGAGGGCGAGGGCUUUGCAUCAUGGGACUGCUUUGUUGAAGAGUCCGAAUUUGGAGAUUAUACCCAAGUACUUGAGGAGUCCGGCGAAGAAAUACAUCAAAGGGAGGAGUGUGGAUAGCGUUAGUUCUCCGGUGGGAAAUAUUGGGUUGGGUAAUGAGGAGCUUAUUGAGAAUGUACAGAGGGAGUUUGGGGAGUUGUAUGAGGAUGUUGGAAAGGCUGUUGAUUUGGGAGAUGAGUGUCUUGAGAUUGAAGAGGUCAAGAAGGGACAUGCUGAAUUGACGAGUCUGGAUUGGACGUAUAUGCAAACACCACAAUUCACCUUUUCUGAUCUACCUCUUGAGAAAGAGCAAAAGGAAGGAGAGAUUGACUACUCUGAUGCCAAGUUUCGCUUGGACGUCCGCUAUGGAGCUGUGACUGGAUGCCAACUCAAGACAGAUGGCGUGACUCCUCAACAAAGCGAACGACUCACUCAGCUUCUGGAAAAGAAGAACUUGCACGAGAUCGAUGACUGGGAAGGUUUGUUCAAGGAAGCUGGAUCAAAGUCGAGGGAGGCUGUGGACAUGGCAAAUUGGGUGCAGAGCAUGCUUAGCAGACCUUCAAGUUGA